AUGUCAAAAGCCUCAAAGACAACUCUUGCUGUUACCACUGCCCUUUGCGGGGGUGUUGUUUGGUUCGUACAUUAUUUUCAGCGCGCUGAGAAAGAAUUGAUGCACGCAGGUGUCAUUCGUGACGAGGAGCGGUCGAGAAUCAAGAGAGAGCGUCAAUUAGAUUUUGACAUGCAGAAGGAGCUUGAGAAGGAAUUCAAGAAGAGUCAGAGUGUUUCGCCGGUAAAUACCACUACAGGCGCGGGAGGCGGUGGAGAUAAUACCAAAGGUUAG